UUCAUUCCACAAAGAGAUCUCUCUCCCAAUACUCCCUAAUCCAAACACACCUUUACUCCUUACAAUCAACACAAAUAAAUUACGUAUCACACAUACAGAACACACAUGGAUAGCUACUACUCAUCUUCUUCAUCUUACUCCGGCCAUUACCAUGGUGACAAGAACCCUGCAGUGCCUCUCCACCUAUGGUUCUUCCUCUGCACGCUCUUCUUCUUCCUCGGCUUCUCCUGGUACGCCGCCUACGAGUCCAUGCUCGACUCCUGCUUCGACCAACUCAAACUCCUUCUCAUGCUCUCUCCCCUCCUCCUACUUCUCGGCGUCCACUUGUUAUCAGCCGGAGAUCCUCGCCGCCGGCGGCAGAUACCGUUCAUGAUUCCGGUGCAAGAGAGGGACUCGCUGCACGGAGGCGGCGGAGGGUCGCCGUGGGGAAUUGGUCUUCUUCUGGUUGUUCUCUUGUUCAUGGUCUCUUACCAGUCUUAUUUCCAUGAACGUUGGUUUCCUUUGCUCAGUAGAUGAUGGUAUCAAUUUUGUAUAUCGUUGGUUAUGAACGUUUACCCAUGCAUGCGCGCAUGGGUAAACACACACACACACACACACACACACACAUAUAUAUAUAUAUAUAUAUAUAUAUUUCAAUAAUGUAUUUUUGUUCAGAAAAUACAAGCAAAACUUCUAAGAUUAACAAAA